GUGGCAUACUUCGGCGCGCUCGGUCAUAUGAUCUUCGUGAAAAAGGGCGAGCUCCCGUGAGUUCCCGUUUCGAUUUUGACGGAUCUGCCUGUUGUACAGACUUGCUCGAAAAAAAUCUCGCCUCGAGAUGAAGGGCUGCAUGUUCAACAUCGACGGUGGCUACCUGGAGGGUCUGUGUCGCGGUUUUAAGUGUGGCAUACUCCAGCAGAGCGAUUAUCUAAACCUGGUUCAAUGCGAGACACUCGAAGAUCUGAAGCUGCAUUUGGCUGGUACAGACUAUGGUAGUUUCUUGGCGAAUGAGCCAUCUCCACUUUCUGUCAGUGUGAUCAACGACAAGUUGAGGGAGAAAUUAGUCGUGGAGUUCCAGCACAUGCGUAAUCAUUCAGUCGAGCCACUGUCACAAUUUCUGGAUUUCAUCACUUACAGCUAUAUGAUUGACAAUAUCAUUCUGUUGAUCACUGGUACUUUGCAUCAAAGACCUAUUUCAGAGUUGAUCCCGAAAUGCCACCCACUUGGUAGUUUUGAGCAAAUGGAAGCGAUUCAUGUUGCUGCCACACCUGCUGAGCUAUAUAAUGCCGUAUUGGUAGACACACCUUUAGCACCAUUUUUCGUGGAUUGCAUUUCUGAGCAAGAUUUGGAUGAAAUGAAUAUCGAGAUAAUAAGAAAUACACUCUACAAGGCUUAUUUGGAAGCAUUUUAUAAAUUCUGCAAAGAACUUGGCGGUACAACUGCAGACACCAUGUGCGAGAUACUUGCUUUUGAAGCGGAUAGAAGAGCGAUCAUUAUAACCAUUAAUUCGUUCGGAACUGAAUUGGGUAAAGACGACCGCGCGAAACUGUAUCCACGUUGCGGACGUUUGAAUCCAGAUGGAUUAGCGGCUUUAGCAAGGGCCGACGAUUACGAGCAAGUCAAGGCUGUAGCAGAAUAUUACGCGGAGUACAGCGCCUUAUUUGAGGGAGCAGGCAAUAAUCCUGGUGAUAAAACCUUGGAAGACAAGUUCUUCGAACAUGAGGUUCGUUUAAACGUUCAUGCGUUUCUUCAACAAUUUCACUUUGGGGUAUUCUACAGCUAUCUUAAAUUGAAGGAGCAAGAGUGCCGUAAUAUUGUAUGGAUCGCGGAAUGCGUAGCUCAGAAGCAUCGUACUAAAAUAGACAAUUAUAUCCCUAUAUUUUAAAUUAUAUGAUCGAGUCGGCAAUGUCAGUCAUCUAUAUUUACUUUCGUAACAACAACGUUUACGAUGAACCAGUUGAUUAAUCAUGAUCUAUUAUCUAUUUCAUCAAGUCGGUUAUGCCUUCGAUUCCAUAACGCAAAUAGCGCACCAUUGUAUAAUGUUUCGAUCGAAUUGAUUUGCUAAUUGUUUUAGAAAAUAAUAUUCGCGUGAAGUUUUAUUUUUAAACAAUGGAAUAUGGUACGUAAAUAUAUGGUUAAGCACACACAGAUGUUGAGAAUUAUUUAGAAUUGUUAUUGUCGCAUAUUCCAAGAUUUUAAAACUUCCUCGCCGCGGUUAUGUUGAACCGAUAUUUACUGUCAAUAUUGAAAAUUUACAAUUAAUGUUGCGUAUACUAUAGAUUUUCAGUGAACGGGAAAUGAACAUCAGAAUGCAGCAAUGAUUGGUGAAAUUUAAAUAUAAAGACUCAAAAUUCUUACAGAAUACUUUGAAGGGGAAAGAUAUGUCCAUAAAAUUGUGUAUUCGAACGAGUAGAUUUGUAAAGUGCUCCAAAAAGUUUUUCUUUUGUUCUAAUAAUCAACGAAUCAGCCGCAAAAUUAACGUAACAUAUGUCCUACUUUUUAUAUGCAUUAAUUAUCAUAAUUCAUGAAUUAUAAUAACACAUUUAAUUUAAUUAUAAUUAAUUGCAAUUUUAAAUAUAUGUGAUUUUAAAAUUGUUAAUUAGGAUCGCGACGAGGAAGUUUAAAAUGGUACAGUAGAAUUUGUGUACAUAGUGUAUUUUAUUGUAAUCGUCAAUGUAAGUCAUUGUCACGUGUUAUUUCAUGUUGUAAUUAUCAAUUCGAGAAUUGUAAUAUAAAGUAAUAAAAAUAUACAGCAUUCCAUAUGA